AUGAAAAACAUUUAUAAUGACGACGAGAGUAUGGACGAAUUUGAGAAGGAAGUUGCCAUGUUAGACAAAUUUAGAAGUGAAUAUAUCGUCCAUUUUUAUGGUGCAGUUUUUAUACCAAAUAAGAUCUGUAUGGUCACCGAAUUUGCUCAAUUUGGGAGUUUACAAGACUUGAUGAGAAUUAAAAAGUCUGAGGAAAUCGAGAUGAAAUUGCGAAUAAAAAUGUGUUUGGAUUGUGCACAAGGAAUUUUAUAUUUACACGAAAAUGGGAUUUUACACAGAGAUAUAAAACCAGACAAUUUCUUAGUGUUUUCAAUUGAUUCUAAAGAUGGCGUAAACGCGAAAUUAACGGAUUUUGGAAGUGCAAGAAAUAUUAAUAUGAUGAUGACUAACAUGACAUUCACAAAAGGAAUAGGAACACCAGUAUAUAUGGCGCCUGAAGUGUUAAGAAGAAAAAAAUAUAAAAUGCCAUGUGAUAUUUAUUCAUUCGCUAUAACUAUGUUCGAGGUCUUCGGAUGGUGUAUGGCUUACCCAUUCACUAUUUUUAAAUUUCCAUGGAAAAUAGCAGAGUUUGUUAUAUCAGGAAAAAGAAGAAUAAAGCCUGAAGACAUGCCUAUGCAAUGUUUUGAAUUGAUUAAAAAAUGUUGGGAAGAAAAAUACACAGAAAGAUUAUCUGCAGGUGAAAUUGUUGAAAAUUUAAAACUUUUGUAUGAACAACUAAAUUAA